ACAAAGCACAGGCUUUAGCUGCUGCAGCAGCACAAGUAUUAAAGGGAUUCACCUCAGCAGCAGUGAGGUGAGCAAAAGCAGACAGAAGAGUUACCAGAUAACAGAAACAUCAUUGACUGGAGGGUGAAACAACACUUUUAACAACCUAGUUUUUGCAGUAACAAACAAGUCCUUGCAGGAGUGUGAGAAGCACGGUCAUGGCUGAACGGAGGAGGCUGUGUGGUGUGCUGAUCGCCACCUUUGUUGUUAUGAUGCUGCUGCCUGCAUUCUCGUCUGCAGGGCCUGUACGCCAAAGGUCUAAAGGAGAUGUGGGGGCAAGUAUCCAGGAAAAGGCAGAAGCUGCAGCUUUACACAGGAGGCUGAUCCGUAACCGCAGGAAUAUCAGCUGGUACAAACAACACUCUGACUUCUGGGCCUGGUAUAAGUACUUUACAGACAACGGCAACCAGGAGGCAGUUCAGGAAAUGGACAAGAUCUACCUGGCCUAUCUCCAGAACAAGAACCGCGCUGAGGCGCGUCGUUCCUACAGAGCCUACCUGCGCCACUUGGGGGAGAUAUACAAGUCCUGUGCUGACUCAGAUGAUCCCAGCUGCGUGGCAUCUUACACAGCCAGGCCUCAAUCCAAACCAGAGCCCCCUAAACCAGCACCCAUGAAAACAUGUGACCCGACAAAGGAUGCUCACUGCUUGUAUAUGGCUCUAUCCCAGGGUAAGAGCCCCUACAUGCCUCUGGUGGUCUCGGUUGCCCCUGCAGCUCCAGCAAAGGCUCCUGCUCCUUUGUAUGUUCGUGCUGCUCCUCAAGCAAAGGACCCAGCAUCAGGACAUUAUUAUUACUCUCCCUCUGCAGUGUCUUUCCUUACCAGGGAGCAGAAGGCUGAGCUGCUGCGCAUCUGCUCUGCUGAUGAUGUGGAGUGUCUGCAGUACCACCUCAGAGCUGCUUAUGGUUAUCGUCCCUCUGCUGGGCCCCUCCCAUCCUACAGCCAUCUGGGUUGUGACCCCAAGAAAGACCCUUCCUGCACCCCUAAACUAGUUCAAAAGGCCCCUUCGGGUCUCUACCUUCAGUACCCCAACUGUGAUCCUCAACGGGACCCUUACUGUGCCUAUGGAGCCUCUCUAAUGGCUCCUCGUGCUCCCAACCCCCCGGCCCAUGCCGGGCCCGGAUCCUGCAACCCUCUUUUUGAAGACAACUGCAACCCUCUGACAGCCACCAGGUUCUCGUCUCCCCCAGAGGAAUACAGAGGCGGUGAAAGAGAUGAAGCUGCAUCUAUUCGUGCAGCUCCUCCUCCUGCUGAGCAGAAUGACCCCUACGCCAUGUUUAGAGAUGCUUAUGCUAAUGCUAACAGAGUUACUGAUCCAUAUGCAAUGUACCGGCAGCAGCCAAACCCAUCCGCUCCUCAGUCUACUGAUCCAUACAACAUUUUCCGCCAGUUCAUGUCCCAAGCUCAGGAUAAUGACCCGUACGCCCCUCGCAUGUCUGCUCCUGAAUCUAACCCCAAUGAUCCUUACUCCGCUCUCCGGGAUGCCAUGAAUCGUCAGAGCUCUCUCCCACCCCGUCAGCAGUACCCGUUUUCCAAUCCCAGUUAUGAGGAGCCGACCCAGGAGGAGCGUCACCCUCUGGGACCACCAGGUAAAACCAAAGAAGGCUAUGAUUGUUACAUUGGUUACGACAGUGAAUGCUUUCCAGUAAGGCCCAGCCAACCUCGCUCCGGAGCUCCUCGUCAUACUCCUUACCCUGCGGAGGCCUAUCAACCAUCCCAGAACCCAGAGGGCCCACGCAGCGGUAUCCUGGAGCCAGAGAAUCCUCACUGUGACCCAGAGUAUGACCCUGACUGCCGCCUGCGUCGUUACGAGCCAGAGCAGCCCCAGCCCGAACAUCACAACGGGCAGGACCACAGCCGGGGCGGAGAGUCCGAGCCAAAUGAACAGGACCAGUAUGAGGCUGAGCCCUACCAGAGCGGUCAGGAGGAGCCAUAUAUGGCUUAUACACCUCCCUCGCAGGGGAUGCCCAGCCUCCAGGAUAUCCUAAGGAGCUAUGGAGACCGCUUCCCUGAACAGGACGACCACAGAGCUUAUGCGGCCGACUACCGCAGAAAGUAAAGGUGUGCAUGCAAACAGUAGGACAUAGAACAAACAGUCCCAUGCGUUCAAGUAGCACAGACCCUGAACGCCUUAUGCAGCAAGCGACCAGCUCUGGCUGGUCUGGAAAUGGGACAUUGGUCAAGUCUGUACGGCUAAAGAGCAAAGAACAUGCACAUAACGUCCAGGUAUAACCUCCAGCUGAAGGAGAACAUUCAAAAAACAUUGCUGAAAAUCAGCUGCCUUGUAUGACUUUAGAUGCUUCAGACCAAUUCGGUGCAUUUGUUUUCUGCCUCCAACCUUCAACCUCAUUCAUUAUUUCCUUAUCUCAAACUUUGCUUCUGAUUCUAUGCUUCAAACCUUUUCAAGUUUUAUCUGUUGCUUUCAGUGAUGGAUUUUAUAAAGAUUUUAUCUCUUUAUUUUAAUUGUUCUAAUAAAAAACAAACCCUCUAGAAUCUCUUGGUGCAUUUUAUUUAGAGGAACAUGGGAACUCUUUGCAGCAACUGCACAGAUAUUAAAUAAACAAUAUAUUUUAACUA